AUGAAUUUGAAAUUUACCAACGAGGUAAGGGGCUCAACUUUGCUUCGUAAACCGCCUGUCUCUUCUGUAAAGGAGGAGAGACGGCGGACAGGCCGCUACAUAGCCAUUUUAGUGGGGAUAUGUCUGCUCCUGGUGGCCAUAUACCACGCUUGGGUGAGACGGAUUCCAGUGGUAGCCAGCCUCGUGAUACCAGCUCUGAUAAUGUUCGUUUACGUCGGGUGGGUUCUGUACACCGCCUCGAGGGAUAAGAAACGGCUAUUACUAUUGGACGCUGAAGCGGCCUUACAAGCGGCUGCAGACCAAGAAGAAGUCCCUGAUAUACAACCAGAUAUAUCAAUUAUAUCAAUAAAAGAGACAGAUAUUCACCGGUUCGAGGAGCUGUCGCCAGCUAAAGAAAAUGGUGGGAAGCGAUUUGUUACACCGAUUAUUCUAGUGAACGACAAACCCGCAGAGGAUUUAGAUGAGAAAUGGACGCAAGUUCUAGAAACGCUAUUUGAUAAUGACGAACGGUUGAGGAGGUAUCAACGCCGGAGGAAGUUUAAACGGAGAUUCUGUAGAAGUCGACGCUACGCCGCGUUCAAAAGAUCUUACUCCAUUGGCUGA